CCUGAGUUUCAGACAUGGGCAAGUUAGCAGUUCUCUCGCUCGCUGUUAUUGCUCUUGCAGUUUUGAUCGGAGAAAGGCUCAGUUCAUUAAGGCAUUUAACACUUUCCUACAGAGAACUAACUCAGAACUACCUUCCUAACUGUCACCUAAUUGAUGGCAUAGAUUUUGGGGCUGAAGAUAUCACCAUACUUGAAGAUGGAUUGGCUUUUCUGAGCACUGGCUUGAAGUAUCCAGGCUUACCAUCCUAUUCAGACGAUCCUGGAAAGAUCUAUACCCUGAAUCUGUUGAAUUCUGAACUGAAACUUAAAGCACUGAGCAUCAAGGGUCAGUUUGACAAAGACUCUUUUAAUCCACAUGGAAUCAGCGUGUACACAGAUGACAAAGAUGCUGCCAUAUAUGUGUUUGUUGUUAAUCAUCCUCAAGGCAAAAGCCAAGUGGAGAUUUUCAGAUUUGUUGAGAAGGAAAAUUCUCUUCAACACAUCAAGACCAUCAAGCAUGAACUUCUGCACAAUGUGAAUGACAUAGUAGCUGUGGGGGCCGAAAGUUUUUAUGCCACCAAUGAUCAUUACUUCACUAAUGAGAUUCUCAAGUUUGUGGAGCCCUUACUCUCUUUGCCCUGGUGUGACGUGGUCUACUACAGCCCUGAGACCGUGCAGGUUGUGGCAGGGGGUUUCCUAUCUGCCAACGGCAUUAAUAUCUCACCCAACAAAAGGCAUUUGUAUGUGUCAAAUAUUCUGAAGCACACAAUUGUUGUCCUGGAAAUAAAGAAAAUCACUGUAUUAUCUCAUGUGAAGGAAGUUGAUGUGGACUCACUCUGUGACAACAUUGAGGUGGACCGUGAAUCUGGAGAUCUGUGGCUGGGCUGCCACCCAAAUGGUCUCAAAUGUGUAUUUCAUGAUCCGAAUGAUCCACCUGGUUCUGAGGUUAUCAGGAUUGAGAACAUCCUCUCUGAAAAGCCCCGGGUGACUCAGGUGUAUGCAGAUGACGGCAGUGUGAUCAUCGCUUCUUCAGUGGCAACCCCAUAUAGAGGAAAGCUGCUCAUUGGAACUGUUUAUCAAAAAGCUCUGAUCUGUGACCUUAAAUAGCGAAAAUAUUCACUUGCAGCAAACAAUGAAUAAAGAUUUGAUUUGGGUA